AUGCAGGUGGCGGUGAAACAGGCACUACGCGACUGGUUCGAGGCCGCUCGGAAAGGGUCACAAGGGGUAUCCGGCGCUGAGGUUGUUGAUGCGGUCAUCACGCUCGGGCUGAACUACGAUUACAAGCAGGUGCAGAGGAUCGUCUUCGCCGAAGCCCGGGAUACGAACGGUCUUCUGUGUUCCGUCAAGAGCUUCACCUCGGCUCUCCUGGCGUGCUGCUCGAGUGACCUCGAGAAGGAAAGGUUGUUUCGAUUGUUGCGUGGAGAAGGAGACUGGCGGGGGUUCGGACUUGGAGGCGUGGUGCCUGCCCGCACGAUUUCAGCGGAAGAACGAAAGCGGUACGACGCCGUAAUGGAGGGUAUCGUGCUGGCUCAGGAGCGUAACGAGCUCCACAGCGCUGCCUCAGCCGCGGGAGGACCGACACAAAACACCGAACAAGAAUUCACCACCACCGGGCAGCAAGAGCAAGCCUUCCCGCGGGAAUCACAGCCACGAUUGGGAAGCAGUUCACCGACAGCGCCGGUCGCAACACGGGAGGAAGGAAGACCUACAGCGGGAUGCCGGCCACGCACAACGUCCGCUUGCCAAGGUGGUCACUUUCGAUCGGCGGUCGCUGUUGCUUCCGCGCCUGGAAACGGCUCGAAAGGCCACCAGCGACGUGGAGCGCCCGGGCAGACCGCACCGUCCGGCAACGGUGAUGACCUUGUUGACUGGUCAAGCUCAAGCGGGCGAACCACGAUGGCCGCCGUGAGGAGCGGUCAGCCUCAACGAGGGGCUUCGGCGAGGGAGGAUAACCUCCCCUCUGAGUGCCCGGAGCAUGCAUGUUCCAAACGCACUGAGGAGUCGACUGUUUAUUCGAAGGUUGUCCGCAACACGGCCGAGGGACUGCGAGACGCUUUGCGCAAGAGAGAGCUGCACCUCGCCAAAGUGGAGGCCCGUUGGGAGAAUUAUGACGGUAGGUGUGAAUCUUGUUUUUGUGGUCCACUUGCAUGUGAUGGGUGA